AUGUCCUCGGUCCCCUCGACGAUGCGUGCCGUCCAGAUCAAGGACGGCACCGGCCCGUCUUCCUCCCUCUUUAUCGGCGAGACCGAGGUGCCCCAGCUCCAAGACGACCAGGUGCUCGUCAAGAUCCAGGCGUUUGGCCUCAACCGCAUGGACCUCCUCCAGCGCGAGGGCCACUACCCGCUGCCCCCCGGCGCCUCCCCCAUCCUCGGCGUCGAGUUUAGCGGCACCGUCGUCGCCACGAAAAACACAAAGACGAGCUGGAACGUGGGCCAGGAGGUGUUUGGCCUCGCCACCGGCGGCGCCUACGCCGAGUACAUCCGCGUCCCCUCGAGCAUGGUCCUCGAGAAGCCAAAGGAGCUCGACUGGGUCCAGGCGGCCGCCAUCCCCGAAAACUUCCUCACCGCCUUCCAGGCGCUCCGCCACCUCGCCGAGAUGAAGCAGGGCGACGACGUCCUCAUCCACGCCGGCGCCAGCGGCGUCGGCCUCGCCGCCAUCCAGCUCGCCCGCGCGUUCGGCGCCAACAAGGUGUUUGCCACCGCCGGAUCCGAGGAAAAGGUGCAGUUCUGCCAGCAGAUGGGCGCCAACAAGUGCAUCAACUACAAGAGCGAGGACUGGGCAGAGGCGCUGGCCAACGAGACGGGCGCAAAGGCGGGAGCGGGCUCGGUCGACGUCAUCAUGGACUUUGUGGGCGCGCCCUACUUUGAAAAGAACCUCGCCAGCCUCAAGCGCGACGGCAGGCUGGUGCUGCAGGGCUUCAUGGGCGGAAGCAAGGUCAAGGAGCUCAACAUCGGGCCCUUGCUCUUCAAGCGCCUGCGCGUCGAGGGCUCGACGCUGCGCUCGCGCAGCCUCGAGUACCAGGGCGACCUGGUCCAGGGCUUUGUACGCGAAAAGGGCCUCGAGCGCCUCAUCAGCGGCUGCUCGGGCCAGGGAGACGACCACCACAAGAUCGUCAUCCACAAGGUCUACUCCUGGAAGGACAUCAAGGACGCGCACGACGAGAUGGAAGCCAACAAGAACAUUGGAAAAAUCAUCGUCACCGUCGACUAG